AUGUCUGCCUCUGACUCGAACCGAACGCUGUUCUACUUGGAAAACUCGCGAGCGUUCCGAGUGGCAUGGGUAUUGGAAGAGCUCUCGUUACCCUACGAGCUCAGACAUUACUCGCGCAUCGAUGGCAAACGAGCGGAAGCGUCGAUGAAAACCGAUUCGUCCAACCGAUUGGGUAAAUCGCCAUAUCUCAUCGACGGGGAUGUCAGACUGGGUGAAUCGAGCGCGAUCGUCAAGUAUCUGAUUGAACGGUAUGCAUCUUCACGUGAACGAAGUCAACUACUCGGAUCUCUCGAUUCUUGGCAAGAACGAGGCGAUAUAGAAGCUUGGAUCUCGUUUUCGGAAGGCAUGAUGGUGCAUACCCUCGCAGCUGUAUAUCCUCGUUGGUUCGCUGAUCCCACCACCGCCCACGUAAUCGAAGACAGCAUGACAGCCAACAUCCAGAACAACCUGAAUCUCUUAGAAUCAACCCUCUCGGCCCCAAACGCAAAUGCAUACCUGGUAGCCGGAAGGCUCACCGCUGCCGACAUCAUGUGCGCUUUCAGCGCGGAAUACACCUUCUACAUGGACACUGGUAUCUCCUCGGCCGGAAAGCGCAAGGAGGACUGGCCAAAAACGGUAGAGUGGCUCAAAAGCUUGAGCAAGCUGCAGAGCUACAGGAACGCGCUGGAGAAGGGUGCUACGAACAAGUUUGCUAUCAGCUAUUGA